UAUUAAAAGAUUGGUCUUGUCCCUCGGUUAUGUUCAGCAGUGGUGGUUCUAAAAGACCUCUGCCGUAUUCAAUACGGUUGGUUUCGGAUGACCCUUAUUGGUAUUUUGCAUUGCAGUGUCAAUAAACCGGCAUUGAAACUUUCUCUUGUACAUGCACACUUAAUUUGAUGUAACCUGUAUGUGUGUGUGUCGUAGUUGCGGUUAAGUUUUCCGAACGUUUCCGUAAUGACAAGUCAGAACAACGAGAUUCCGAAUGAGGUCUUACUGCAGGUUAAAAAUCUGGACGGCUUGCGAAAGAGUUUUCGAGAAAACCCGCUCAAUUUGGACGAAAACGGCAGCGCCAAACGGGACAAAGCGGGGAGCAAAAAUGAACCGAUGACGGAAAUGUACAAAACGAGCAAAACCGAAUCAAAAGGUGGACAAAAGAAACAGUACGUAGUCAACUUCCUGUCUGAACUUCUGGGGACAACCCUGUUGAUGUUCUUGGGAUGUAUGGGCUGCAUCACCCAGGUUGACAACCCUCCAGCUGUUCACCACAUGUCAUCUCUUGCGUUCGGUUUGGUCAUCUUGCUCAUCAUUCAGAUAUUCGGCCAUAUAUCGGGUGCCCACCUCAACCCAGCCGUAACAAUAAGCACUGUGAUAUUUAAAAUGUUAACUCCUCUGAUGGGACUGGUUUAUAUCGUGGCCCAGUUUUUGGGAGCACUUUUGGGAUUUGCUCUCUUACGGGUGCUGAUGCCGCAAGACUACGUGGUAUCUGGUUUCUGCGCAACGAAACCGCAUGCCCUUAUUACGCCGAUGCAAGGCCUAGCCAUUGAGACUAUCAUCACCUGUGUACUUAUCCUUGUAUGCUGCGGGGUGUGGGACAAGAGAAAUGCCGAGAAACAAGACUCUACCCCAGCCAGAUUCGGGUUCAUUGUGGCAGCAAUAUCCAUGGUAGCCGGGCCUCUGACAGGAGCCAGCAUGAACACUGCCAGGUCUUUUCCGCCCGCAUUUUUCGAUAGGGACUACUCAGCGCAUUGGAUCUACUGGGUUGGUCCAAACGUCGGCGCCAUAUUAGGAUGCGGAUUGUACAGUUACCUUUUCGCGGAAGAAGAGGAACCCGAGGAGUACGACGGUACCCAGUUAGAAGAAAUGAUCACAGAGAAGGCGUGAGAAACUCGGUUUUCCUAUGUCCAUGUAAAUGUGUAGAGCGAGUAUGAAUGCCUUUAAGUUUACAAAAAAUAAAUUAUUUCAAUGCUACGAGCGCACAAAAUAAAACUAUUUUUGCUAGUUUUGAAGUCUC